AUAUAAAUGCUAUGUGAGGUCACUUUAUUGGGAUCUUCAUUCCUUCUCAGUCUCACUUUCAGUUUCUCUAAUUCUCUCAUUCUAUCUUCACCAAGCAUUUUUUUUGUUUACAACUAAUUAAUGGAGUUUCCUCUCCUACCCAUCUUUACUUUACUCAGUCUUGCACUUGUGGCAACCCAUGCUGCCUUACCUCCUGAAUUUUACUGGAAGUCCAAGCUUCCCACUACUCCAAUGCCAAAAGCUAUUACAGAUCUCUUGUACCCUGAUUGGGUAGAAGACAAAAGCACAUCUGUGGCUGUAGGGAAGGGUGGCGUAAAUGUUGAUGCAGGGAAAACAAAGCCUGGUGGCACCUCAGUCGAUGUAGGAAAAGGAGGAGUAAAUGUAAAUGCAGGAAAAGGAAAACCAGCAGGAACAUCAGUGAACGUAGGGAAAGGUGGAGUUAAUGUUCAUGCUGGUAAAGGAAAACCUGGAGGCACAUCAGUCAACGUUGGUAAAGGUGGAGUUAAUGUUCAUGCUGGUAAAGGAAAGGGAAAACCAGUACAUGUUGCAGUGGGAAAAUCACCAUUUGAUUACAAUUAUGCUGCCACUGAGACCCAAUUACACGAUAACCCCAAUGUAGCACUUUUCUUCUUGGAAAAGGACUUGCAUCAUGGUUCCAAAUUUAACUUGCACUUCACUAAGACUUCUAAUGCAGCCACAUUCUUGCCUCGCCAAGUUGCUGAUUCCAUACCCUUUUCAUCAAACAAGGUGGAUGACAUCUUGAACAAGUUUUCUGUCAAGCCAGAGUCAGAGGAAGCUGAAAUUAUGAAGAAUACCAUCAGUGAGUGUGAAGAGCCUGCCAUUAGAGGAGAGGAAAAGCUUUGUGUAACUUCAUUGGAGUCCAUGGUUGAUUUCAGCACUUCCAAGCUUGGGAAUAAUGUUGAGGCUGUUUCAACAGAAGUGAACAAAGAAACUGAGUUACAACAAUACAGCAUAGCAAAAGGAGUGAAGAAGAUUGGGGGAGAGGACAAGGGUGUAGUGUGCCACAAGCAGAACUACCCAUAUGCAGUGUUUUACUGUCACAAAACAGAUACAACAAGAGCUUACUCUGUGCCAUUGGAGGGUGCUGAUGGAAGCAGAAUCAAAGCAGUGGCAGUGUGCCACACUGACACAUCACAAUGGAACCCAAAGCAUUUGGCUUUUCAAGUUCUCAAAGUUCAACCAGGAACUGUUCCUGUUUGCCACUUCCUCCCUCAGGAUCACGUUGUUUGGGUUACCAAAUAGAAGCACUUGAAUUCCACUCAUCUAUACCAUCUUUGAAUAAUUACUAUAUAGCACCUGCUUCAGAACUUUAUCUUGUCAUGUUUGCAUUAUAUAUAUAUAUAUAUAUAUAUAUAUAUAUGUAU